AUGUCGCCUUCAACCAGCCCUGUCAAACUCCCGAUCUACUCCACGCUCUUACUGGCUUUCGUGCUCCUUUCACCGUUCGGUGCUGUAGCUCAAUCAGAUGGUACUACGCCCACUGAAGUCUCUGCUGGAGCAUCUGCUCCGCCUUUAACUCUGUCCUCCAGUCUGUCGUCUGCUCUGUCAUCUGAUUCAUCUAGCGAUGAACCUAGCCCGGUUCCUCUCAACCCGAUCGCCCCGGAAGUGAGUGAUACAGAUGUGAAAGCUGAUUCUCCCUCACCAUAUAUUUCAUCAACAUCAGUCCCAGGUACGACCUCUCCUCAAGCAUCAGGAAGUGCCGUGCCGCCUGCACCAGUCACGGUCACAUCCGUGGGAGUUCCCAAACCGACAGCAGCGCCAGUUCCAUCAGGAGAAUCUCCUGCACCGGAGAAGGGCACCGCACUACCGGUGACCUCUGACUCGAAGACAUCUGCUGCUGGAUCACCGAAAGCACCGGUGCCAGGUGCGCCCUCACAAGCCACAGGACCUUCCGGAUCUCCACCUGGACCUUCUGGGUCUGCACCUGCGCCCUCUGGGUCUGCACCUGCGCCUUCUGGGUCUGCACCCGCUCCUUCAGGAUCCGCGCCAGCACCAGGGCCCAGUGGAAACGCACCGCCGCCGCCGGCAGGAUCAAGCGUACCUGCAGCUCCAGGACAGUCCAAGCCAGCACCUCCCCCAGGCGGCAGUGCUGCAAGCGGAACUGCGUCUGGGGGUGCCGCUGCUAGUGGCAUGAGCACUCCAGGCGGAGCAGUCCCGACCGACAUGAGUACUCCAGGCGGAGCGGUCGCUACCGGUAUGAGCACUGCAGGUGGAGCAGUCGCUACCGAUAUGAGCACUCCAGGCGGAGCAGUUGCAAGUGGCAUGAGCACUUCAGUCGGAGCAGCUGGUACCGGUACGGAUGCCCCAGGCUCGGGCGGCGCGACCUCAGGCGGCGUUGCGACUUCAGCGGGCGACAGUGUUGCGCCGUCGGCGACGUCGGGCGGGGCUGCGGAAUUCACUGGAGCCGCCGAUCGCCAUGCAAUUGAACAAGGUCACGGCAUCUUCCUGGGCCUUGUUGGCCUUGCGGCUGCGUUCUUCUGA